AUGACGAUGCAAACGGCUGCGGCGAUCAAAACGGGAAAAACGACGUUCAGCUCGCAGCGAAACGCAGUGUUUCGCUUUUCAGUAACUCCGGAGACGAUCUGGAUUGAGCAGCAGAAGACAAAGCAGCAGUGGCAAUGUACGGUCUCGUCAGUGCAUGAUUUUGCUCUUAAGAGUACUCGCAUUCCCCAUGAUGUUGUGAUGGAGUACCUUGCGAUGAGCCUCGAUCGAUCGGAGGCGAUCCGAAGAGGGGACGUUGAAGUGGACCUAUUGAGUAUAGGUGGACGCCGUAUGCGUCUGAAAUUGUCGCUGAAUUUCUCGAUCGCUGGCAAAGCUUGGAAACCGGAGUACCAGUUUAACCUGGAGCCGAUCCCAGUUACUGAGACUCAAAUGUUGCGAGCAGAGCUAUUAGAGACGGAAGAAAUGCUGGGGCUCCUGUACGCAAUUGUCCCCGCGUGGGUUUUGAACAGCGACGAUCCGUCGAUCUCUCGACACGAAAGGGCGAUGCAAGUUGUUGCCUUGAAAGGCGCUACAUUCUGGUUGCAACUCUGCACGCUGACAAAAAGUGCGAUGGAAGAUCCGGAAAUGCAUGUCAAGACCGUGACGAAGUGGAGUGUAAGUGCAGUUCGCAACUCUUGUGGCGCUGCCGCCCAGUACUGGUCUGUUCUUACGCACAAAGCAGUCGAAGCUUUCAGUACAGUCGGGCAGUUUCUAUCGGAGCAAUGUGCAGAGAAUGCUUAA